CUGCGAUCUGAAAAACAAAGCUCACUCACAUCUUCGGGAGGAUAUGGUAAGGAAAAUGCAGUGGAAGAUGCUAACGCUCUUGAUGGUGGCACUUGGAAACGACAUCCUUUGUUGCAAGCCCUUCCAAAUUUCACACGGGAAGAGGCUUCUGGAACUGAAAGCAAACUUUGGAAAAAUAGCCGGACAGUGCAAGAAAGAAAUUCACAACCUAUUGACGCUGCUUCAGCGAGGAGACCUGAAGAUUGGAAUGGAAGCAUUCUGCAGGAUGCACAGCACAUGUAUGGAGUCCGUAGAAGGCGACAAAGCGAAGGAGGUGUUCGACUGCUGGGGUGUGGCGCUUGAAAACAAGGCCUACAUGCUCCACUCAUCUAAGGACUUCACUCCCGCUCAACUCCAAGGCACCAAAGACGUUCUCGAGUGUUUCAAGAACACUGAAGCGGCGGAUCUACCAGCGCAUGCCCUCGAUGACCUCGCUUCACUUUGGAGUCAGUACAUGAAGAUGGGGUGAAAUACGCGAAGCACAGGAAAAAAGAAACGGUAACAAAGAAACGCGGAACACAGGACUACCACUUUAAAUUUGGUUUACCCCUCCCAUCUCUUUUCCUAUUUCUUUCGUAAACUCUUAGCUGAGGGUAGAGUUCUCACUUUGGCCGUAGGUCGAUGAGUUCUGCAAUUGCAAGUAAUCGGAUACGGGUUGUUUUUUGUUUCUUUUUCACGAGUGGGAAGAAGGGGAAGUAUGGCUACUUGUGAGCAAAUAAGACCCAUAAUUGGCGUACGUACAUGUCCUACGAACAAAUAAGCCCAUUACGAGUUCCAAUUAAGCGCAUAGGGCGCCGUGCCAGCGACCGCACUUCUAAAGCAUGCGCUCAGCCGCAUGCUUCCACUACUUUUAAAACUACCUAAUGUGUGACUCGGUCGACUCAAUACAGAGAAUGGUAUGCACUGCACGAAGACGGCUGAGGCGUAAAGCGUAAUAUCAAAUCUGCAUAGCAAAGUCUUCUACGACGACUAGUGCCUUUGCACGACGGAAAUUGUUUGCAGUGAAAUCUGCCCCUAUACCGCGAACGAAAGAGAUACAAGAAAGCAGUGGUC